GAGAGAAUAGCUUAUAAACUGUGUUGAGAGCAGAUGUGUGGUUGACAGAAUGCACUUUAUCACACUGAAGAACAUGUUUCACACAAUCUAAAGCAGCACUUCUUCAUAAUGCACAGACAUAUAGUGCAGAUCUAGAAGAAUUUCAACACUCAGAUCAGAGGAAGUUAAAACCACACGAGGAGCUGAGAGUAUUUAAAGAAAGAGUUGAGAGCAAAUGAUGAAGAGAAAGAGAAAAUGUCUGAGUGUCAUCUGUGUCUGCUGGGACUGAUCGCUCUCUCUUCACUUCUCACAGGUGUCAGUGGAGUGAAAGAUGUGUUCAUCAGAUCUGGUAAAAAUGUCUGUCUGCCCUGUAAUAAUGCUCUUCCUGGUGCUCUUCAUGACUGCAACUCAACUACAUGGAUCUAUAACAGAUUCAGUCAUUCAGCAGCAGUUGAACUGAUUGGUUUAGGGAUAAAGAAAGACACAGAGAGACAGAAGAGACUGAGUCUGGGGUCUGACUGCUCUCUGAACAUCACAAAGAUCUCAACAGAAGAUUAUGGAUCUUACAUCUGCCAACAAUGGACUGGUGUGGGUGGACCACGACUAAGAAAUGACACUCGUGUUGAUCUGCAUGUUCUUCAUGCCUCACAGACUCAGAUCAGUUCAGAUCUCUCUGUGACUCUCUUCUGUCGGCUGUAUUUAUAUCCUCGAGUCUCUUGUGAUGAAUGGAUCAGUUCUGAGGGAAUUCAUCUGUUCUGGGUGAUUCCGGAUGGUGUUAAACCGACGAGCUCAUCCUCAUCAGAUCCCUGUUUCAUCUCUCUGACUACAACACUCCUGAAUGAAGAUCACAACAGAGAGUGGAGAUGUAAUGUUACUCAGGGAGAUAAAGUCAAGGCCUCAGCCAAAUUCACUGUCAAGAGAUCAGCUCCAGAUAAACCAGAGACAGCAGUCCCAGACUCUCAGAAAACUACAGCUCCAGAUAAACCAGAGACAGCAGUCCCAGACUCUCAGGAAACUACAGCUCCAGAUAAACCAGAGACAGCAGGCCCAGACUCUACAGUGAUCCUGAUUUCUGCUGUCGCUGCGGCCGCUGUUUUCCUGACUGCUGUUCUCUGGCUGAUCUGCAGAAAAAGAGCUGGUAAUAAAAGAGGGACUGGUGAAACAGCGGUCAAAGAUGAGAAUGAAGAUAAAGUGACGUAUGAGACGAUCAACAUGUCGACUCCUGCUGCUGCGAGAGACAAUGAGCAGACAGAUGAUGUGACUUACUCUGAAGUCUCUUCUUCCAGUAAAAAGCCAGUCAAAUCAGUCAAAGAUCAAGAUGAUUCAGUGACUUACGCUGCCAUCAGAGGAACACAAAAUGAGCCGCUGGGUCAACUUUACGCCUCUGUGAACAAGAACAAAUAAAGAUUCAUGAGACAGAUCAGUGCAUGAGCUCUUCACAUCAGCAGCAGAUUGAUGAGAUUCAUCAUACAGGUCCUUCUCAAACAAUUAGCAUAUUGUGAUAAAGUUCAUUAUUUUCCAUAAUGUAAUGAUAAAAAUUAAACUUUCAUAUAUUUUAGAUUCAUUGCACACCAACUGAAAUAUUUCAGGUCUUUUAUUGUUUUAAUACUGAUGAUUUUGGCAUACAGCUCAUGAAAACCCAAAAUUCCUGUCUCAAAAAAUUAGCAUAUUUCAUCCGACCAAUAAAAGAAAAGUGUUUUUAAUACAAAAAAAGUCAACCUUCAAAUAAUUAUGUUCAGUUAUACACUCAAUACUUGGUCGGGAAUCCUUUUGCAGAAAUGAUUGCUUCAGUGCGGCGUGGCAUGGAGGCAAUCAGCCUGUGGCACUGCUGAGGUGUUAUGGAGGCCCAGGAUGCUUCGAUAGCGGCCUUAAGCUCAUCCAGAGUGUUGGGUCUUGCGCCUCUCAACUUUCUCUUCACAAUAUCCCACAGAUUCUCUAUGGGGUUCAGGUCAGGAGAGUUGGCAGGCCAAUUGAGCACAGUAAUACCAUGGUCAGUAAACCAUUUACCAGUGGUUUUGGCACUGUGAGCAGGUGCCAGGUCGUGCUGAAAAAAGAAACCUUCAUCUCCAUAAAGCUUUUCAGCAGAUGGAAGCAUGAAGUGCUCCAAAAUCUCCUGAUAGCUAGCUGCAUUGACCCUGCCCUUGAUAAAACACAGUGGACCAACACCAGCAGCUGACAUGGCACCCCAGACCAUCACUGACUGUGGGUACUUGACACUGGACUUCAGGCAUUUUGGCAUUUCCUUCUCCCCAGUCUUCCUCCAGAAAAAAGUACUUUGGACCACUGAGCAACAGUCCAGUGCUGCUUCUCUGUAGCCCAUUUCCUGCACACGCCUGUGCACGGUGGCUCUGGAUGUUUCUACUCCUGACUCCGUCCACUGCUUCCGCAGGUUCCCCAAGGUCUGGAAUCGGUCCUUCUCCACAAUCUUCCUCAGGGUCCGGUAUCCUCUUCUCGUUGUGCAGCGUUUUUUCCUACACUUUUUCCUUCCCACAGACUUCCCACUGAAGUGCAUUGAUACAGCACUCUGGGAACAGCCUAUUCGUUCAGAAAUGUAUUUCUGUGUCUUACCCUCUCGCUUGAGGGUGUCAAUCUGGACAGCAGUCAGGCCGGCAGUCUUACCCAUGAUUGCGGUUUUGAGUAAUGAACCAGGCUGGGAGUUUUUAAAAGCCUCAGGAAUCUUUUGCAGGUGUUUAGAGUUAAUUAGUUGAUUCAGAUGAUUAGGAUAAUAGCUCGUUUAGAGAACCUUUUCAUGAUAUGCUAAUUCUUUUGAGAUGGGGAUUUUGGGUUUUCAUGAGCUGUAUGCCAAAAUCAUCAGUAUAAAAACAAUAAAAGACCUGAAAUAUUGCAGUUGGUGUGCAAUGAAUCUAAAAUAUAUGAAAGUUUAAUUUUUAUCAUUACAUUAUGGAAAAUAAUGAACUUUAUCACAAUAUGCAAAUUUUGGACAAAGGACCUGUAUACUGUAUGUGGAAGAAUUAUAUGAAACAUGUCUCAGAUAUUUAAACCAAAUACAGUUGAAACUACUCUUUCUUUCAGCAUGUAUAGACUGUUUCUUGCAGACAGUAGUGAGAGAUUACAUCAGUGUCUGUGUAAAUUAUUCUAUAUGUCACAAAAUUAAAUAGCAGUUAUUUCUUUUUUCCACGUGUGACCAUAAAGAGUCAUGAGUUUAAAUAAAAGUGUCUUCUGUUCCAGUCAGAAAGCUGAUGUUUAUUGACUGUAUUAUGAGAUGAGGAUGAUUGAAAUGACGUUUGAUUGUGUCACGUUCACAUUCUCCCGUCGAAACACCACAACAUCCAGAAAUCAGAAGAAAAUCUAAACAAUGAAGACGAUUAAGAUGUUUUGUGCUGAGAUGAUUUAUAUUUUCACCAGUGGUUUCGUGUCUCUCCUCACUGGAUGUGGCUGUGUUUUGUCUUCAUUCGUGUCUGUUUGAGUUUUGAUCUUCAUUUGUGUUUUUCUCAUGAUAAUGUCUCCAGACAAAAAAUAAAAAUAAAAAGCCCAUUAAGAUGA